UUUGCGCAGCAAUACAAUUUAAUCGGCACCCAUCUCAUUGACGUGAGCUGCACAGCAAUCUACAACCAGACUCACGCGUUCAUCACGACUCCACUCAAUGGAUGUGGCACUAAGUAUUCUGAAACAAACCAAGAAAUAUUUUUCAGCAAUACAUUGACUUCCACAACACCAGUUACCCCACGUGCAGUCAUCACUCGAACAAAAUCCCUUAAGAUCAAUUUUCGAUGCGCUUAUAACCGUUUGGUCAGAAAAAGCGGUUUGGAUUUUCAGCCGCCAAAUCCUGUUCUCGAAAUCACCCAAAGCAGUGUCGGCAACUUUACUGUCGAACUUAGGUCAUUCGCCAACGCUGAAUUUUUGUCGUCAAGCUCUGAGCAAUAUCCAGUUUUUAAAAGUUUUCAGGAUCGUAUUUACGUGCAGUACAGGGUGAUUACAGCCAAUUCCGACAUUGUUGUAAGGGCCGAGUCAUGUCAUGCCACCCCAACGAACAAAGCAUACGACACACCACAGUAUCAAAUUAUCCAAGACAGUUGCGACAAGGACUCAUCGAUCAAUCACCUUACGUUUGGUUUGCAACAACUCAUCGAUUUAGCAUGCAGGUUUUCCGUUUUCUGCUCAACCAUACACUUGUCUACAUCCAUUGUGACUUAAGAUUGUGUAAUAGAAACACGCAAAACUCCAUCUGUUCACGCAGUACAACAUGUCCGGUGAGAGCACGUCGUGAAGUUUCCCCGCAGGAUGCAUCUAAUCAUCCAUAUUCUGUUUCAUUCGGUCCGUUUACGUUAGCACCACCAACAGCAGCACCAUCAGCGUCAAACAAUAAAAACAACACGAGAAAUGAAGUUGGAGAAAAUUCAGGUCAAGCUAAAAUGCCCAGUGCAAAAAUCAUGAUUGGCGCAUUGAUUUUGAUGUACGUGUCACAUGGCUCAAUUUAUAUGUAAUGUAAUAUCCUUCUAAUUUUCAUGCAAAGACUUGGAAAUAAGUAAUUACCAUAUAAACAACAAACGUUGCCACGGAAAAAGUUUGCAACACUUACAUACGUCAUUAUAGCAACAUAUAGUACGGACAAUAAAAAAUCCAUACAUAUGCACUCACUGAACUGCAAAAAUUUAACAAACGAGCAAAAUAAUUUUUUGGCUAAAUUGAAGUGUACCGUCAUCCUCUUAAUUUGCAUGCAAAGAUUUGGAAAUAAAUAAUUACUAUAUAAACAGCACACAUAGCCUCUGUAAAAGUUGCCAACACAUAUAUAUGUCGACUUUCUCUCAUUAUAGCAAUAUAGCAGAAUCAAGAAGCCAAACUUUGUAAUCAUUAACAAAUACAUACUCAACAAAUCAUCAAUUAUGUACUCACUGAAAUGCAAAAGUUGAAUAAACAAGCAAAUAAUUUUUAACUGC